UUUCUUGUAAUCUGUUCUGGUCUCUUGUCAAAUUCUCCUCCUUCUCUUAACUUUUCUCUUCCUUACAUAUUCGCUCUGCUUCUGUGAUUAAGACUCUAUUACGACUUCGUCUCAAUUCUACUUCUUCGAAGUAUAUUGCAGCUCCUCUAUACAUACAUUAAAAACCUUAUCUGCACGAGGAAGUAACAACCAUGAAGUGGACUCCUGAGAAAGAUCAGCUUCUCCUCCUCAAAAUCCUCGAAACCCACUCCCUUUCCGUCGACGCCAAACGCGUGGCCGAAGCAUGGCCUAAAUCCCUCGGUCCGGACAUGCCCACCCCGCGCGCCAUCUCCGAGCGUCUCGUUCGCAUGCGCAACACCGCUCGCGAGUCCAGCGGCAUGGAGGGACACUUUUCCAUCGGAAAGGGGCUCAAGACCGGGAGUCCAAUGACCAAGUCUACUGCUAGUGUCGCUUCCAGCCCUGCUUCUGUCUCUACUCCUUACAAGUUGCGCAUCAGUAAUGCCAGGAAGGGGUCGGCUUUGAAGAGGAAGCGCGAUGACGACGAUGGUGAUGAUGAUGAACUUGAGGAUGGACAUGUGGGGGAGUAUACGCCUACCCCUGCUAAGAUGAAGGUGGAAGGAGGUAGUGAUACUGAAAUUGAGAAUGGGAUGGAGACCCCGACCAAGGCCAUGAAGGGGAAGGGAAUGAGCGCGAGGUCCUCUGCUCAGUUGAAGAAGGAGGUGGUUGACUUGGAGAGCGAGGCGGAGGUUGCUCCUGUGAAGCGUGUUCGUAAGGCCAGUGCGCUUGCGCCUGGAAUGGUGGAGUGGAAGGAUGAGGAUGAUGACGGGGAGGGGGAGAGCUCGGCCAGCGAGUAUGUGCCUGAGGUGGUGGUUAAGGGAGAGGGGGUUUACAGUGCUGAGGAGUUUGAUGAUGGCGAUUUGUAUGAUGCUUAGGUUUGCAGGGUCGGUUUAUGGAGGUGGUUGGGGAUUUGAAGAUCUGGUGGAUGAACUGGACAGUUGCUAAUGAAGUUAUGAGGAUUCUGCUUUUCAUACCAUGUACUUUAAUUACUUCCAACGCGAG